AUGGCAUACACAGAAGCUCGUAUCACCCUCGAAGUGGAUGUCUGGACGAGUUCAGACCAGGCGAAGUGCGAGUAUGGCCUGAUGCUGACGGUCUACGGCUAUGAAAGCAGCGAGGCACCCUUUUCUUCCACUAACGUGCAGGCUGCCGCUCAGUUCAACCUCCCGAUGUUCGACUUCGGCUACAUCGUCGUGCGACUGUGCGACCAGUGGCUGAAGCUCGUGCGUGAGACUCUGCUUGCCAAGGACCUCGUCAGCGAGGAGCAAGCUGGCCUGCUCCUCGACCUCUUUCUGUCCUACCGUGCCAUCGCCGCGCGUGUGCCCGGCGUCGACGACGACCUCCUUCCGGAGCUCCUCCAUGAGCUCAUCCUCGGAGCUAUCCCCAUGACUCGUGGAGAUAGUGCAGACGAAGUGCUCGCCGCCGCAGUGCUGCGUAUGCACGAUCUCCUGCCCGCGGGGGAGGUGGCAGCGAGGGCGGCCGUCAAGGCAGAGGUGGAGGCAGCGGACGAGGACAAGCCGGCAAGGGCCAUCGUUGAGGCGGCGAGGGCAGUUGUCGAGGCAGCGAGGGCAGUCGUUGAGGCAGAAAUGGUGGAGGCGGCGGACGAGGUAGGGAUGGCCAAUGAACUGGGGAUGGCCAAAGAGGCAAGGGUGACCGACGAGGUGCAGGAGGCCUAUGACAGAGGAACGGCAGACGAGGCGGGGGUGACCAUCACAGCAGAUGCUUCAACGGGCUUGACAGCUGUGCCACGCAGUGGGAUAGAUGUAGGAGAAGCCUGCGGUGAAGAAUCGGGCGUGGGGGUGGGCUCCAACAGAUGCGAGGUGCCAGGAUUGGCAGGAGCAUUCUUGCUCGUGCUCGUAUUGUCGGACAGGGUUGCACUUCGCGACGGACCGGGGUCUGCAGUGUUAGCUUGGAACGGGUUGGGACUGGUUGAAGAUGGCAGCGGCACGUCCGUAGACGAGAACAUGGCCCGAAGGGGACUUGGCGUCGGAGUGGCCCCAGGAGUCAGUGCUCGUGCGGCGACAGCACGAGCCGCAGCAUGA